GGAAUGCGGAAUUAAAAGUAGGAACCAAAGCUGGGCAGUAUGUUUCAUCCCGCACAGAGUUCCAGACCGGACUUGCGAGAAAUCGGCGAUCUUUUCGAUAACUUGACGUCAAACUAGCAGUUAGCUGUGUGGCUACCGGCCCGUUGAAGCAGAAAUGCCCAAAAAGAAAACCGGUGCCCGGAAAAAGGCUGAAAGUCGUAAGGAGCGAGAGAAACAGAGUCGAGCCAACCGGGAACAUGUAGAUGUGGCCAAACACCCCUGCAACUUUAACAUGGAUUGUGACAAAUGUCAGAGAAAACAGAAGAACAGAGCCUUCUGCUACUUCUGUAACUCUGUGCAGAAGCUGCCUGUCUGUGCUCAGUGUGGCAAAACCAAGUGCAUGAAGUCAUCAGAUUGCGUCAUCAAACAUCCUGGGAUCCACAGCACUGGGAUGGCCAUGGUGGGGGCAGUAUGUGACUUCUGUGAAGCUUGGGUGUGCCACGGCAGGAAAUGUCUGAGCACUCACGCCUGUGUGUGUCCCCUGACUGAUGCAGACUGCAUCGAGUGUGAUCGCAGUGUGUGGGAUCACGGAGGGCGAAUCUUCCGCUGUUCAUUUUGUCAUAACUUCCUAUGUGAGGAUGAUCAGUUUGAACACCAGGCAAGCUGCCAAGUCCUUCAGGCAGAAACAUACAAAUGUGUUUCUUGUAAUAGACUGGGACAGCACUCCUGCCUACGUUGUAAGGCCUGUUACUGUGAUGACCACGCCAAGAGUAAGGUCUUCAAACAGGAGAAAGGAAAAGCUCCACCCUGUCCCAAGUGUGGUCACGAGACCCAAGAGACAAAAGACCUCAGCAUGUCCACUCGCACGUUGAAGUUUGGCCGCCAGGCUGGUGCUGACGACGAUGACGAUUAUUACGACGACGGAGCAUCAGGAUACGAUUCCUACUGGAAGAACUUAGCUUCUGGAAGCAGAGAGCAACAGGACAACGAUGAUGAGGAUGAGGAAGAUGAAGAUGAGGAAGAUGAAGCCGAGGAGGAGGAGGAGGAGGAGGAGGAGGAGGAGGAGGAAAGAAGAAGAAGAAGGUGAAGAGGAAAAGGCUGCUGCUUCCAUGGCGGGUCUUAAACUGGACGGGACCACCUAAGACAGAGACGGAAGAAGGCUGUACAGGCGGAGAGCACAGUCCCAUAGAGCCAGAUGAUCCUCUGCAGAUGUUCAGUUGUUACAAGUCAGGAAUGAAUAGAGACCUACACAGAAAAUCUAUCUAUCUAUCUAUCUGUCUCUGUCUGUCUGGUAUAACCAGGGCUGGGUGUUGAUACUAGUGCAAAUUUUCUUUCUGUACGAUACUGCUUCUAAUACCUCACUCUGAGGACUAUAAAUGUUUUUCUAUAAAACCUACACAAGCAGCUGUACAAGAACUAGAAGAAUAAAAUCAUAAGUUCAAAUAAUAGGCAAGUUUUGGUUAAAAUAUUUCUGUAAGCCCCUUUUGACUCAUUUUUGUUUUGACACAAUUUUAAUUAGGAAAAUGUAAAAACAGGACCCCCCACCACAAGACAGGUAAAUGUGCAAAGUGGAAGCAGUCAAUUCUCAUUUCAAAGUUUCCUUUAAUCUUGUGUGUUUUGCUGGUUUGUCGUUAGGAACACAUAACAGAGUUUUACAGUCAGCGAUAAGAUGAUUCUUACAGAUGUGCAUCUUGGCAGUCACAGUGAACUACGUAUGUAUAAAAAUCUGUGUGCAACUCAGUCUUUCCCUGUAAUUUUUGUUCUCACUGGACUUCUGUGGUGUAUAUUCUCUAACCCACUCGCAGUUCAUGAAAUCACUACAUGCUGCCUCAUAAUGAAUUUGGGUCCUUUUUGGCCUGUGUUUUUUGUCAAAUUUGUUUAAUCCUUCCCAUGUCUUACUGUAAAGCACACUGAGUUUACCUGUGUGAGGUGUGCUAUGCAAAUAAAAUUGACUUGAUUUAAUGUCUGCAGCUCCAGACGAUUAUUCAGCCCUGGUUACAGUCUGAAAUAUAUUUUUUUUAUUGUGAUGUCUUUACUGUGUAAUAACUGUUCUGCUGAGGACUUGAUCUGCAAUUUAUAGUAAAUUGGUUGUUUACCCUGCAACACAAAGGUUGUUCAGUCAACUUGACAUUUGCUCUGCUCGUUUUUUCUGCUCCAUUUGAUGAGACAUGAUUGUUAAAUAUGCCAAAUAAAUAUUAAAAUCAUA